UUCGUUCUAGCGUUGAUUGACGGUAACGAACUCAUCUUCCGAAGCGACUUUCUGAGUCAAGGCGACCAGGGUGGUCGUCAAGCUGCGAGACUUCUUUUCCAGACCAUUAACGAGUAUGUUUUUUCAACCAUCGAUACUCUGUCUAUCCACACCAAAGUCCUCGUCCGAGUCUAUGUCGAUCUGGAUGAGUUAUGCAGCCUUUGCCUUCGUGCUGGGCUAGUCUACCACAGCAACCAGUUCAAAUUGUUCGUACGCGGUUUCUGCCAGAAUCAGAACCUUUUCGACAUGAUCGAUGUCGGCAUGAAAGGUCGCGAGGUAGUGAUUGACAAGAUGGAAGAAAACUUGCAUAUGAACAUAGUCGAUACGCACUGCAAGCAUAUACUCUUCGGCUGCGAAGACGGCGAGAUCUACGCGCCUAUGCUCAAAAGGCUUUUCGCCGAACAUGUUGGGACUAGGUCUCGCAUCACCUUGCUCCAUGGUACUCCGCUCGACAACCAUCUUAUAUCGCUCCGACUCGCUCCGACUCGGAUGAAUGCUGUCUUUCGCGACACCGGAGUUGACACUCCCAAGGUGAAGGACCAGAUUCCAGAAUUUAGCACCAUCCCAACUCUUCUCCGAGAAUCCAUAUCCCCUGCUCCGUCGUCAUCGUCUCCCGCGACAUCGCACUCCAGCUUUCGUGCAACGAGUACAGUUGUGCAACAUCCUGCUGUCCAACUUUCGAUCGACGGGAUUUGUCGCAACAGGAAGGGUCAACGUAUUGACCCGCCAACACCGGAAUUUAAGAAGGACGAGGUGAACCGGCUCAAGAAGCUGAAGCUCUGCAACGCACACCACCUUCGUCAUAAUUGCCCAUACCCUGACGGCAAGUGCGAACACGACCACUUGUACAAAUGCAACGCGAAGGAGUUGGAGACAUUGAAGCUUGUGGCACGCAUGUCUGCAUGCAUCCACGGUAGUGAUUGUUCAGAUGCUGGGUGCAUCUAUGGCCAUCGCUGCCCAUUCCCCGAGAGUAGAGAGAGUGGGUCAAAAGGAAAGCCAUGCAUCAAUGGCGAGAACUGCAGGUUUCCACCAGAGAUGCAC